AUGCUGAGCCAGCUCCUAUGCGUGAUGGAUACGCUUCCAAGCGCCACACAUGAUCUAUUUUUAAAUCAAGAGCAUGGCGCACUGAGUGCAAUACUUUCUCUGUGGCCAUCCCUCUACACGCUUAUCGGUGACCCACGAAUGGUUGGAUCCAGUACAACGAACACAAGCAUCUACACGCACGUGUUGACGGCUCUGUGUGCCCAUAGUGUUAACUUGCUGUUCAAUGGCACGGAGGAGACCUUCGAAGACCGUAUUAGGUGGCUGGAACACAAUCUCUUCACACACGUGUUAAGCACAUCGUUUGCCGUCAGGUAUCUUAUCAGUGACUGGUGGGUCUAUCUCAGUCGGCGAUGGUCAUCAGGGACAGUGCUACAACAUUCCCGCCUUCUCCUUCAAGUGGCUAUUGCACUCCCAAGGGAUCAUCACGUUGAGAACGAGAUCACAGCGCUUAUUAAUCGAAUGAUGACCGAGACAAGAGACGUGGACAAGCGCGUGUUCAUGAAGGAACUGUCACAAAUGGCCCGCAAACGUCCGGACGUUGUGGUGGUGAUGACCCGCCUGCGUAUUGUGUCUCUCUCGGACUCGGUUUUAGGGUUGAUUGCGCAUCAGGAUGCCAGUGCGGCUGCUGAAGCUGAGCCUUCUGGAGUUGCCUCAAAGGCAGACACGCCACGAACGGCCACGUCAAUAGAGAGUAGAGCAAACAUCCUUAGCCAUCCCUAUUCGCCAGUAGAACGAUCGAAACGUCAGCAGACGUUCCUACAGCCCCUCUCAGGUGCAGUGGAGGUGUUGCAAUUGAAGUCGAAGGAGGCUCCUCAGUUCGACACGCACACGAACAACGAAGUACAGGCUUGCACACCCAUCGAGGAAGCAAAAAAAGAGCUCUUCUGCCAAUUGUGCCGGCUGUCUGGCUAUGUGAUGGACGUGAUACCACCGGAGAUGCUCUUGAAGGCCAAGAUCCAAUCGCAUAUAGCGCGAUUGUACCGGAGGGUGUUGGUGGACACGGACUGGCUAGUAUGGCACUAUGCCGUGGAGGCCUUCCGAGAAUUUGCGUCGUAUACACACUAUGAGACUCUCGUCCCAUUGCUCCUGCCGGAUGAAUCGCGCUCAAACGUAGUAGACUUUAUCAACAACACCCCCUUCGCCUUACCGCCGACGUCCCAUGCGACGCACAGCAACUCCCCAUUGCAGUCAAUAUACACAAUAGACACGCCCACUGAUACCAACAGCCAGACCUCUCACCACACCCACCCGCGAUCAGGGCGUACACACAAAAUAGCAACAUUUGCGACUAUUCGAGAUCGCUUUGUUGAAUGUCUGGAUAUAGAGAAUGCGCGGCACGAGGCUAGAUUGUUACCACAGCCUCUUCAGUUGCCGCUGCCGCCACAAUCGGAUUUGGAAGACGACGCUUGUCCUUCGGAUGUCCCUUCCGUCACUACUCCGAAUUCAGCCGAGAGUAAAGAACAACGCAAAUCGAUGGAACGAGAGACCCGCAACACAAAGCGAGCUCGUGUGGACAAGCACUUGUCUCCCAAAUCACCGAUGCUCAUAGACGAUGAUGACGAUACCACAGACACUGAUGAGGCCCUACUGGACCUCGAUGAAGCGUUGCAACAUUUGAAUCAGGGUCUCAAGAAGCUAAAACGAACGCUAAGCCCGAAUUUGAGGAUCACCCCUGCUAGGAAGACGCAGCUUGUGGAGGUUGCUCAGUCCCUGCUGACGCUUUGCUCCGGAAUGAAUACUAAGUAAAACCGGCUUCUGCUUGAAUGGCAUAUGCUGGGUCCAAAUAUAAUCGUG